GCAUAAAAGCCUUCUAAAGCCAACCUUUUCCCUUUCCAUCAGAAUCACUCUCUCUUUCCCUCUCUAUCUAUCAUUCCCUUCAUUCACGCCCUUCUCCUCUUCAACCCCAUCCACUCUCCUUCUCCUUCUUCUUCGUCUUCGUCGUCGACGGAAAAUGCCGGAGUCACCGAUGUUAAGUCCUGCCAAGAAGUAUGCCUUCCACCGAUGGUUUGGUGUCUUUGUCUCAAAUUUCAUCUUCUUCUGUUCUUUUCCUGUCACUCAGCCUCUCUACUUCUGCUACUUCCUCUUCUUCUCACCCUACAUUGUCAAGCUCCUGUCCUUCCUCUCCCCUCUCUUCAUCACCACCUCCCUUGUCCUAAUCUCGACUUUGGCGUUUUUCCUCGCCGGAGCAUGUCCCGGGCUCUCCGAGGAGCUUGAAUUGUACAAGGUUCUGUUCGAAACAUCGGAGGUGGCAGGUGUCCUAGAAACCGGAGAUCAAGAGACGGUCGACAAGUUCUUGAUCCAUGGAACAACCACAGAUACGGCAGACGAAGACCUAGCAGCGACAAGGGAAGAAGCCCUUUUCCAAGAAAAGGAAGAAUUUGGUGAGAUCAAUGCUUUCCAUGUGAAAGAAGGACAAGAAGUCAAACCACAUGGUACAGUGUCCAAGAAAGUUGUUAAUGUUGAUGGAGGGCAAAGGGAAGAAUCCAAUGCAGAGGUACCGAAUAUAAUAACUCCAAGGAGGCAGGGCUCUAGGAAGUUCAGUUUGUCAGUUGAUAACAUUGAACUUCGUGGAGAGAUAAGCACGGGCCUUGGGAGCUUCGGGUCGAUGAGGAAGGAGAAGGAAUGGCGGAGGACGCUCGCGUGCAAGCUGUUCGAGGAACGGCACAAUGGCGAAGGCGGGGAGGAGGGGAUGGACCUGCUGUGGGAGAAGUAUGAGGACGACAUGAGCCGGGCCCGACGCAAGGAGAGGAAGAAGAAGGGCGAUCCCAUCCCCGAGGUGAAACCCGAGUUGCAGCCUGACGAGGAGGAUGAGGACAAGGAAGAGGAGGAUGUGAAUGAAGAUCGGAUGUGUUGCUUGCAGGCCCUGAAGUUUUCAGCAGGGAAGAUGAACUUAGGCUUGGGAAGGCCGAACAUCAUGAGGAUCUCCACGGCACUUAGAGGGAUGGGGUGGUUGCAUAAUGCAAGCUGGCACAAAAAGAAGAAAGAAUGCAAGGUCAGGGCAUAAUCAUAGCAGCAGGCACAGAAGAGUUGCAUCGAGAAAAUCUAUAAUGAACUCUGAUCUAGAGAUCAGUAACAACUCCAAGAUAAACGAUCCAGCAAAGUGAUCUCCACCAGCUCCCAAGGGACCGCCUUUCGGUUGCCCCGUCUGCCCGGGCGCACUAGUGGAUGGAUGGGACAACAAAAAAAUGCAGUCAUAUCUUCUGUAAAGCGUGCAUCGGGCUGUCAUAGCUGCUCAGGGUAAAUGCCCCCUAAAGAUCCUCACAAUGUCGGGCCUUACCAACCCCAAGUUCAUCUUCCCUGCUAGAAACUUCAGGGCCUGCAAGCAACACAUCUGCUCCUCAAUCACAUUUCCCCUCAUCCUCGUCCUCAUCUUCUGCCGCUCGGGUUUCACCUUGGGAAUGAGAUCGCCCUUCUUCUUCCUCUCCUUGCGUCAGGCCCAGCUCGUGUCACCCUCGUAUAUGUUUAUUGGAAAAGUUAUCGAACAUUUUCAAUGCUAACUGAAAUGAGACCGGCCUACAGUUUUUCUUUUUACUUUUCAGGCACAACAAUAGUUUGUGAUAGAACUCUUCUUAUUCUGGGAAAUGAAUAAAAUUUCUCGGAUCAUCAAAUGAUUUAUUCCUA